AUGCCUGCCCAGUUAUCAAGCUUUGACAAGGGGGUUGCUGCCGACAUUCGGAUGCAACUUGAUGCGGCAACAGACGAAGCGGAUCUCGCUGGUCUGGCAAGGGAACUCUAUAGCAGCCCUGCAUUGCGAGCCGAGCGAGCAAGCAUCCACCUUGUGCAGUCUGACCUAUCUCGAACAGCUGACCAAGAGGUGUCCAACGUCGCUCUCAAUCAGCUCUUUCUCCUGUCUCUAACCCAAGCCUGCCGUAGGAUCACUGGCUCUACAGGCAGGAAUGGCGCAACCCUGAUGGAUCAACUUGUUGGCAAGUAUCUGCGUCGGCUGUACAAAUGUAUUCCUCACCGUGGCUUCUCCGAAAGUUUUCUGUCUCGGCUUGCCAAGGAAGCGGGAGUAUAUAGGCACAACUCGGACAACACAGUGCUACUCCAACUACUCGACAUCGUCCACGAGCGCUUGUCGCGCACAGGCGCAUCGCAAGCCUCCGCACAGGAACGGACCAACACCCGUCGGCGCGCCGCCCAUUUCACGUCGCAAAUCCUGCUCAAUCUCAUGCAAAGCUUCUCACGCGUUGGCCGCUCUGAUGCAGUGAGAAGCUGUUUCGAACUGCUCCAGCAUCAUGCGCUCCCCGUCAACAUCCUCCAAUACCAGCUCCAGCUCAUCGCUUUGUUCCGAGAACGCGUUUCAGACCUCGCCGGCAAAGACCAGACUGACAUCGAACGAGAAUCGCAUCGAAUCCAGACCGAUAUCCUGCAGAUCAAGACCAUGAUGGAAGCGAACAGCAUCACUCUUGACGACACGGUCCUCGCCACCAUCGUCAAUGGCCUUAGUGCGCCGCUCCGCAAUCCGCUUGCUUCGGCGAGUUCGGUUGCACAGGCGAAUGGGGCUCUUGAGCUAGUGCGCACCAUUUUCGGCCAGUCUGCUUUACAGGCGCGCGGUGAUGCCUUUGGCCGCAUGCCUCGGCUCGUGUCAUCUCUGAUCAAUGCCGAGAUCGACGCUAUUGAGCGAAAUCGGUCGUCCAUCUCGAAGGCACAUGCAUUGGCUAGCGAACGCGUUCAAGGCUUGAUUCAUCGACUUGAAGCUCAGGCCGCUUUGUCUAAGAGCCCACUUGUUGGCUCGUUACGGCGCAAGCCUUUCACGGAGAUUAAUCUGGCUUGCGUCUACCUCAAGCUUCGCCUGUAUGCUGUACUCGGCGAUGCGGACCGUGGUAUCGAGCAACUCCAACUAUUGCUAUCCGUGGAACCCCUCGCACAACUUGGCCCGUCCGGAGAGCAACGGCAAGAACUGAUCCUUAAACAGCGGAGUGGCGUCAUCAAGCUGUUCUCUGCGGUCAUGCAGCGACGUCAAGGAAGCGCUGGUCAAGAUGCAGCGUUCGAGGUGCUACACCGUGCUUUCUCCAGCAAGUGGUUUGACAGGGUCUGGGCGGGUGUUGCUUUGCCGUCGAACUUGGGGGCAGGGCUGGAUAUCAAGGCGUACGAUCCAGAUGCCAGCGUGUUGCGGCUGUGGACGAGAUGGAUUCAUGCCUGGUCAGCUGAUUACUUGGCUGAGGGCACUCGGAUUCACGGAGGAAAUAGCGGGUCCAAAGGUAGUUUGCGAUCGAAACAUCGCACGUUCACAGGGAGCUAUCCGUGGCAAACACUGAAGCGCGGGCUCAGGCUGCUCAACAAGGUCAUCGACCAGUACGAAGCCAUCGAAACUCUGUCAGUCGGCACAAAGCUAAUCAGUGACGAUAUCAAUUUAGACCCCAAGCCAUCUGCACGCAUCGCCGCCUUCGCCACGGCCUUCUCGGAUCGAACUGUCCUCAGCAACAUGGUCAAAGUUUGCCUGCGCGGUGGACGACCAGCAUCGAACGAGACCAUGGCGACCCACGUCGAGCGACGCUUGACCCUCCUGAUUCGAACGCUCACCCGCGUCUACGCGCCUGCACGCACCUGGGAACACGUCGAACGCUCCAUGCUCCGCCGCCUCGCUCUCAUCCCGCGCGAAGUGAUGCCCACCUCAGCGGUCAAGGAUGCUAUGGACCAGAUCGAGCAGAGAAAGCAUCUGGCGCUGCUGAGGAACCCUGACCUCGUCCGUGAGCUCGACCAGGCAGCAACCGUGGGCAGAGACGCGCCCGAAACCGGAUCCAUCUUUGUCUUGAGACGGAUGCUCCAGCAGCGCGCCUCGCAGCACUCCCCCGACUCGGCCAGCCAGCCGAAGGCAGCGUUCUUCUAG